ACGACGAUUUCCGUCGAAUGUCCGUCCGAACACCGAGAUAGUUUCUGUAAUCCUUUGUUCUUCGUUUCUUCUUUGUUCUUCGUUUAAAAUUAUUAUUUUGUUAAAAAUAACAUCUUUAACAAUGCACAGUAGUCUUGUUCAACAUAUCAUUGUGAUUUAAGAUUAAUGUGCUCAAUGAACUAACUUAAUCAUGAUGAAUGAAUCAGACAAUCUGUUGGAUGAUUCCUCCAAACAAGAGGAACGUUUGUACCAUGAGAUGGAAAUGACAGAACAACCAUCUGUGGAAACUAGAGACACUCCUGGAUGUAUCAAUAUCAGUGGCUCAACAAGAUAUCUGAUUGCGGCCAUGGUUGCCUCUCUUGGUGGCGUUCUGUUUGGAUAUGAUUUAGGGAUUGUAUCAGGAGCUAUGCUUCAAUUGAAAGAAGAUUUUCGACUGGACUGUCAACAACAAGAAAUGAUUGUCAGUUCCAUGUUGUUUGGAGCAUUGCUUGGCUCAUUGGCAGGAGGAUACAUAAUUGACUUCUUUGGUCGAAGACGGACGAUAAUUAUUAAUGCAUUUGUAUUUUUUACUGGUGCUCUGAUAUUGGCCUUUGCUCCAACAUAUUCAUUACUGAUUGUUGGUCGACUCAUCGUUGGUUUUGGAACCUCUCUGUCAGCCAUCGCAGAAUGCAUUUACAUUGCAGAAAUUGCUCCCCCUAAACGGCGAGGUCUUCUAGUAAGUUUGAACGAGAUUGGUAUUGUAUGCGGUCUUUUGUCAGCCUAUCUGGUCAACUAUAUGUUUAUCAAUACUGACAAUGGCUGGCGUUACAUGUUUGGACUUUCUGGCAUUCCAGCCUUGAUACAAGGCUAUGGUAUUAUCUUUCUACCCCCCAGUCCAAGAUGGCUUGUCUGCCAAGGACAGGAUGCUAAAGCAUUGAGAGUAAUGAGAUUACUGGAUCAUGCUGAUGUUGUACCUGAAGAAGCCAUAGAAAAAAUGAAAGAUGCUCUCAACCUUGAACAUAAAUACAACAUCUGUUAUUUAUUUGGCCACCAUGAAAACAUGAGGGACAGAAUGUUUGUAGGUCUUGGAAUUGUGUUUUUCCAGCAGUUCACAGGCCAGCCAAGCGUCUUGUAUUACGCUCCAUUGAUAUUUGAAAACAUCGGAUUUCGUUCACAUUCUGCAGCGACUUUGGCUACCGUGGGAAUUGGUCUGACAAAGUUGGUUGCAACUGUCGUCACGUUGUUUUUGGUGGACAAGGCAGGUCGUCGUCGGUUCUUCCUGGCUGGCUCCAUCAUCAUGACCGUCAGCAUUUGUCUUCUAUUUACCGUAACACUGUGUUCCCCCGGGUCAUACCAUCACGGGAUCUGCGAGAAUCCUCGUGGACACGGGAGUCCACCUAUCAAUGCAACAUCCCCCAGUCCUUCGUAUACCUUCAUGACCACUACUUGUGUUUACCAUGUCAAUAAUCGGUCCACUUUGGCGAAAGACAUGAAACUUUCUGUUCAACCAUCAUUCACCACGUUACCUAUACUCAACACGAACUUUUAUAACGCAUCAAAGACGCAAUCCUUUAGAUCUUUCACGCAACUGGAACUUCAAACGUCUACAACGAUCAUUCGUGUCAAUUCGCCGUUGUUUUCUUCAAAACCUCAACUGGAUCAGAGCGAAGUAAGGCUUCUUUGUUACCCUCAGCCAUCGCCGAGUGGCGUGGAGACACAUAUUGCAACCAAGAAGCGGUCUACGAAUGAAUCAGAUGAUGAAAUACCAAGUUUCGUUAAAUAUUUAACGGUAUUCUCUCUCAUGGCCUUUGCUGGGGGAUAUUCUGCCGGUUAUGGACCAGUGAGUUGGUUGGUGUUGAGUGAAAUAUUUCCAACAGCCAUCAAGGGUCGGGCGUUUGCAGCGACGACGGUUCUCAACUGGACUUCAAAUCUCGUUGUUUCUUUAACAAUGCUGGAUCUUUUGGAUUCUAUUGGUGUUUCCUGGACAUUUUUUCUUUAUGCUAUUCUCGGGCUGCUAGCAAUUAUUUUCAUCUUCAAAUUUGUUCCGGAAACGAAGAAUCGCUCCCUGGAGGAGAUCAAUGCCCUGUUCUCAACGAGAACCUCCGUUCUUCAAGAUUGUUCGUGCUUGCCCUCAACACGAGUGCUUUGUUGCAACCAUUAUAAAUAUAUUUCCUCGGGUAUCGAGCAAGAUAAUGGUCUGUUAUUUGACCAGGAUAUGGAGGUGGAGAGCUAGGAUUCCAGGAAACUUAAAUAUCUUGAAUUUAAUAACACCUCUUUUUAGUCUAUUUAUAUUUCAAUAAUUAUUUUUAAAAAACAUUCUGUAGAUAUAAAUAUAUAGUGAAUAGUGUAAGUGUAGAUAGUUUUUAUAUAGUUUUGAAAACCAAAGAUAACAAAGUCCUGAUUCUGCUAAAGUAAAUGGCUGUAUUUUAACAAUUCUUCUUCUUGCAAAAUGGCUGAUUACAGUCAUUUAAUAAUUUGGUUACUCUGCCAACUUGCUUAUGAGAAAUGUGGGGCAGUGAACACGUCUGUGAGUACACUUAAUCCAAACUUAAUCUCGAACGAUUUCCUUGCAAUUUAAAACCGAAAACAAUUUAUUCAAAGCCAAUAGUACAGGAGGAGUUAUAUUCAGUAAUACGAUCCCAGUUUCUUUCAAAUAUUAAACGCAAUAUUUUUUAAUUACGCCACAUUCUUGUUAAACCGCAUCACUAUUAUAGCGUUAUCUUUCAUUUCAACGAUAUUGCUAAUA